AUGUCAGCAUGGGGGACGUGGCGCCAAGCAUCGUGCUGGUUCCGGGCUCUCUCGACGAUUCCUGGGGGCCCCCUUCCGCUGUCCUGGUCGGCGCCACGGACCCGUCCCAACGGCUAUAUCUCACCAUAUUCCACGUCCACCGCCGCACCGGCAUCGUCCUCGGUACCGCCGCUCCCUCCCGAGGACAAUGGCGUCGGCUGCACGACCACCGAUGCGGAGCCCCUGGUUAACCGGGCAGAGACGGCGGUCCCCGCAGCAAAUACACCAGCGCCCACAAAUCGGCCCAGCAUAAAGCCCCCCUUGGCUGAACGCCUGCUGAUGGCGCCAAUGCCUGCCCACCCCGCGAGGGUGUCGGUCCUUAUCGAGCCUUGGAAGCCGCUGCCAGUUCUGACAGAGAGCUACCGCCGCGCGCACGAGCAUGUGCGGAGCGUGGUGUCGCAAAGGCGAUACGAGGAACGACGUCAGUCCUUUGACAGACCCUUUGCGGACUGGCGGGAGCUUCUACAGCGCAUGUUUGACAACACACCGGACCGGGCGAGCUGGAAAGCGGUCUGUCUCCAGGCCGACGCAGAGAGGUUCGACAAGCGGAUUCUGUUCAACGACUUGGAGUUGGGAAUCCGCCCCAUCAUGGAGUCAACUGGCUGUGCCAUCCGGACCAAGAAGGUGAAGGGUUCGAUUAUGUCCAUCUCUGUCUAUGGACCGCCCAGAUCCCUGGAGCGUGCUGUUGCCGCGAUCCUGGAGACAACCCGGCUGGCGCUGGUCACCAGGGGCCAUGAUGACUCGACCACCAUCGGCAUGGAGCCCCAUGAGCUCAGCGCCGAGGACCGAUCGCAUCUGAAUAAGGCGGAUGCGCAAGAUCAUUUUGAUCUGAAUUCACUCAUGGCGCUUGAUGGGUCGCCCUCUGUGACGCCAACAACAGUCACUCGCACCUCCUUCCUCACCGCGCAGGACGUUCCUAGACCCCAGGCUUGGACCAAGCGGGGUCUCGACGACUACGUGGCUCGCAUUACCGAUGUGCGCCUCGAGGAGCUGGCACGGGGUAUCCCGGGUUGGCGGACCCACCAUGUGUCUGCCGUCUCGGCCCUGCUGCUCGACGUCUUUCACAGCCACGAUGCGCGCGCAUCGAUAACGCUGCAAGCCACACACAAAGCACUCCGCUACCAUGUCCGGCACGGAAUGGCACUGCGCCAGGAGAUGAUGAUCCUCUUCGACUUGAUCACUAAUACGCUGGGGCUCACGCCUUCGACAGAGACCUUCAAUAUCAUACUGGGUGGCUACGCCCAGGCAAAGGAUCUCUGGGGGUUCGAAUGCAUGGUGCGAUCGAUGGAGGCUCAUUCGUGUAUGCCAAACUUCCGCACGUGGUUAUACAUGAUGUCUAUGAUCGAGAGCGGUCAAGUCAGACAGUAUAUCCUGGGGAUCAUGCGCUCCAAGGGCAUGCUCGGCUCGCCGUCUGUCGCCCGCGAGCUGGCAAGGCUCAACGCCGUCCACCACGCCCGCGUAGCUAUGGAGACUGAGCCCCCCACAAGUCUGCGGGAGUUCCUGGACUACCAAGACCAAUUAUACGGCGAGCGAAAGCUGUGGCUAACUCUAUCGGUCGCCAACCAAACGAUUGACGUAUUCUGCCAGUAUGGACGUUUCCAGGAAGCGUUCGCGCUCGUCAAAAGGAUGCGCAAGGCGGAUCGUCCCGCCCAAGAGCACCCUGAUAUAAUCACCUACACCACCAUAUUGGGACACGCCAAGACCCAGAGGCUAGUGCGUGUCGGUCUGCUCGCUCUAGAGCGCCUGGAGCGGGCCCGUCUGGUGCCCAAUGAGAUCACCUACCAUUUGCUCUUUGAGAUGCUCUGGAAAGCCCGUUUGCCGCUGGCUGUCGGUGUGGUCUGGCACUACGCGGCCCUGACUCUGGGCUCAAUGAGCUACCGAAUGCGCCGCCGGGUCGGGGAUGUGCUGCACGCUCUGGCCCACGAGGAACCAACCGCCGAGGGAGGAGGCGUCGUGGCCAGGUGGGCGAGGCUGAGAUCUCUCGCCUCGCUCGUGAGCGCCCUGCCAAGCCCGGAGACGCUACCCAGGCCUGACGGCGACGGUCGAGAGCCUCUCGAUAUACUGUUCGCCCAGGAGUAUGCUGGCUACAAGCCUGAAUCGUCGCUCAGUCAACUAUUAAAGUCGGCGCUCGAGGCGGACUGGCAGCACCACCGAGAAUUCGCGGCCGGCGGCUCUGAUGCUGCCACCCCGCAACGGAGAACAAUCGACCUAGUCCUUAGACGCACGCCUACGGUCCCCGCAACAAAGGCGCCCAAAUCAACUGAAACGAUAGUCCUCACGGCGGAUUAUUCCUCUCUGGGUGGACGACGGCAGAGCACCCACGUUUUAUAG